GACCCGCUGAUGUUCUCGGGGAGCUUGAGGUCGAACCUCGAUCUCCACGGGCAAUACAGCGAUGCCGAGUUGCUGGCUGCCCUGCGCUUGGCGCAUUUAGAGGAGCAAGUGCAGGGCAUGCCGCAGAAGCUGGAUGAGCCUGUGCAGGAGAAGGGGUCGAACUUUUCAGCAGGGACGGUGCAGCUCAUCUGCAUUGCGCGGCUCCUUCUGGCCAAGCAGCGAAUCGUCUUUCUCGAUGAAUGUACUGCCAGUGUAGACCUGAAGACAGAUGCGCAAGUGCAGAGUGCAAUCCGAUCAGCCUGCGGUGACUGUGCGAUUUUGUGCAUAGCUCAUCGGCUGGACACGAUCAUCGACUAUGAUCGCUUAGCUGUUCUGGAUUCCGGGCGGGUGAUUGAGACUGGCUCACCUUCGGAGCUUCUGCAGCAGCAGGGCGCUUUCACGAGCCUGGUGGCCAGCAUGGGCGACGCCGGGGCCGAGAUUCGACGAAAGCUGGUAGCUUCACCGCCUGCACCUUCUUCGCGCAUCAAGCUCUGA